AUGUCGCGUUACGUUACUCCGUUCCUGGUGGUAAACCUCGGUGCCGAAAUGGUAUUUGUCGUUGCACAGAGACUUCAGGCGCAGAACAUACCGCACGACCGUUCUGCAUUCGUCCUGGACGAGAUUAUCUCCGUUCUAGUUUCGCAACAAUUGAUGUCUGAGAUAACGAAACCGCAGGCUGCCUACAGCCACGAAUCGGUUAAGAAUUUAAUCGAAGACGUAACGCAAUCCUCAGCCAUGCGUUUAGAUCCGAAGAGCAUGGAUAAACUCUGGGACCUCAUCACCAUGGUUUUCAAGUGGCAGGUCUUUCUCACAUUCGACCUACUCAAGAUCACCUCAAGACACCUCUACGAAAUCGAGAAUUACGUUACCUCGGAAGAGACGCAUCUACAGUUGCACAAAGUGCAGAACCUUUUUGAUAACUUUAACAAAAUCCUUACAGAUACUGAGAAGGUUGAGCUCAGGGAGCACGUCUUCGUGUGGCUGAGCAACUUCAACGUUCGCGUUUCUUUACUAUUAAGAUUAGGUUUACAGGAUCAGGAUGGUAAUUUCAUUAUAACAAAUCUGAACCCUUUCGCCAAAGAUAUGCUGAAGAAUGUGGGCGAAAACAUAUACAGCGUAACGCAAAAUGGAAAAGUCAGCUUCGCUUUGCCGGAAAAGCAGGAAGUUAAAAACGACAACGAAGUGUUUGAGCUGAAGUUGCUCGUUGAUCAAAUUAAUGGUGGUCGGAAGGAAAUUAAUAGGAACAACCUAAGACUCACUAUAAACCAGAAGAAUGAACCUGAAGCCGGAGGUAGCAACUUCAAUUGCAUCAACGUAGAAGCUACGAAUUCUCAUAACCUUGAAAACCUCUUCGAUGAUUUGAAUUUAAACGAAGACAAUGCUUCAAAUUUCCACGAAGACUUGAUCACUAUGAUCGGCGAAGAGGAAUAGCUUUUAUGCAAAUCUUUGUAAGUGCCUUCAGAUAAGUAUUAAUUUAUUUUAAUUCAAUUGAUUAUAAGA